AUACACAGUUUCAUAAUUCGUUUGGUACUUACUGUACCACAUUUUCUUUCACAAACUAUUCUGGCUGCUGAUCACACAGCAGCCAUGUCUGUAAAGAAAUCUGAGUCUCUCAAUGGCAGCAAUGCGGUUGCCAAGCUUAAGGGCCAGAAACCUUCAAAACGGAGGCAUUUCGAACGCUGUUUCUCUUCAGUUGAAUUGACUAUGGAGCCAGGGAAGCAGCUGAAGGACAUGGAUUCCAACAAGUUGAAGGCUGAGAUCAAGAGGUGGGCUAAGGCUGUUGUUGCAUAUGCACGCCAAGUCAGUGGCCGUUUUGGAAAGUCUCAAGGCUAAGUUACAAAUUUAUGUAUGAGUAUUACCCCCACACUUUAAAAUUUCUGGAUCUGUCACUUAUCACAGACAUGAUCUUGGAUUUGGUUGAUGGAAGAAAUGUUGGUGGAGUUUGAAAAUUUGAGCUUUACAUCAAAUGGUUUUUAGCCUUGAGAAUUUGUUCAUAGAUGUUAAAGCGGUGGCUGUAUAUUUGUUGUGAGAAGCAAGGUGAAUCAAAUAAUUGUGUGUUGGGAUAUCCAUUUGUAUUGACAGGAAUCAUGCCUUGUCUAUUUGGAGGUAGAAUGCCAAAUUUCAAUACAUUUAAAUUUCACAAAGUAAUAUUGUAAAUAUAAUCUGGAAUUGGAAAGUACUAUUUCUUUUGUCUCCA